AUGGAACACGAUUCUGGCCAGGAGCAGGAGGACAUUUGGAUAUUUGCAUUCGGUUCGUUGUUGUGGAAAGCCGAUUCUUUGCUUCCGUACUUGGAAAAACAGAAAGGGUUUGUAAAAGGUUUUCAGCGAAGGUUCUUUCGGAGCAGCGUACUUCAUCGUGGAACCCCGGAGAAUCCAGGACGCGUUGUUACUUUGAUUUAUUCCGGGAACCCAGAAUGUAAAGUGUACGGUGUGGGUUAUCGGAUCGCGGUGCAAGAUAAGCACCACGUACUGGAGAUGUUGAGAUGCCGUGAAACGGUCGGCUACGAACGCUACCGUGUGGAAUUUUACACUUAUCCUUCGGACUCGCAACAACCCAACGAUCCGCUGCCCAUUCAGCUGUUUGCGGUAGCGGCGGACCAACUUACUUUUGUCGGUAAGGACGAUACACUGGAAACGAUUGCUGAGCAGAUUCUUGGAGCUGCCGGGGAGAGUGGAACGAAUCCUGCCUAUGUCUACAGGCUGGCCGAUGCGAUGCGUCAACUGUUUCCAGGCGAACAGGACGAUCAUUUGUUCGAUCUGGAAAAACUGCUUUUGAGUCGUGAUCCGCAGGGGGAGGAAUAUACCAAACAGUAA